UCUAUAGGGAAUGGCCCUUCUGUUGAUACUGUUGUGUCCGGCGGAGGAUACGUGCUCCUGAGGGGUAGCAGAGGUUUUAUCAUCGUCCAUAAAACUUAUCAAACAUUGGGUUAAUGUUUAGCUCCGGGCGAUAAGACAUUUGCUUCUGCUCUGGGAGGGAAGACCUGGGAUACAGACGCUCUGGACCCAGCAUGGAGAACCCUCCGGAACUUCAUCCUAGUGAGAGCCUAAAAGGACGGACCGCACCAGAAAUACCUGUGGAGGAGCAGCGGCCAUCGCUCCAUGUUCCCGAUCCAUCAUCACCUCCAUCCCCCACCAGCGGGCCCGACUCCUUCCUCACAGACAUGGACUGCCCCGUCUGUUUCUGCAGAUACGACAUCUAUCGGGUUCCCAAGGAGCUUUCCUGUAAACACAACUUCUGUGCCGUCUGCCUUAAACUGCUGGUCCGUAAUGAGGUGGGCACCUGGCGGGUGGUGUGCCCGGUCUGUAGGGUGCCCACCACAGUCUUCGGAGGACUCGUAUGCACUUUGCAAAACCAGGAGUCACUUAUGAGCAGGCUGGAGAACCCCAAGCCCCGGGCUAAGGUGCCGGAGCCUUCUGGGACCCCGGAGGUGGCUGUAAGACUGGACGGCCAUGGCCUGGCAUGGGACCGGGGGGAUGUGGAGCGUCGCGGGAACCUGACCAUCGCAGCCAGGAGGCUGGUGAUACUUCUGCUGAUCCUGCUCAUUCUUCUCAUCAUCAUCCUGCAGUUUGUCUACACGGGGAUCAUGAAGUGGGUUCUGGGGUCCAUCUUGGGGGUGGUCGUCAUCAUCACCGUCCUGCUCUGCUUCAACCCCAACUGCAGGAUGAGUUUACCCCGGGCGGACGGUCAACAAAAGGACAAUGACGCGGAGGCGGGGGUGUGAGGCCUGGACUGACACUCGUCAUGGUUGGGCACCCCCGACGUUGGCUCGUUCUUGUCUGCAUAUCUAU